AUGUCGAUGGAAACCCUAGCCGACGCUUUUCAUGACGAACUCCGCGACGUGCUCAGCGCCGAGCGCCAACUCACCAAGGCGUUGCCGAAGAUGGUGAAGAACGCCACGUCGCCGCAACUCAAGAAGGCUUUCGAGAGCCACCUCGCCGAGACCGAGACCCACGUCGAGCGUGUCGAGCAGGCCUUCGAAGAAACGGGCAAAUCGGCCCGCGCCAAAACCUGCGAGGCGAUGAAGGGCCUCCUCAAGGAAGGCGAAGAACUGAUGGAAGAGGAGGCCGCGCCCGAGGUGAAGGACGCCCUGCUCAUCGCCGCCGCCCAGAAGGUCGAGCACUACGAGAUCGCCACCUACGGCACGCUCUGCACCUGGGCGGAGGCGUUGGGCUACAAGAAGGCCCUCAAGCUGCUGAAACAGAACAUCGCCCAGGAAGAGGCCGCCGACAAGAAGCUGUCGCAGAUCGCCGAGAAGGUGAACGCCGAAGCCGCCCAAGCGGCCGUUGCGUGA